UUUUUUUUUUUUUUUUUUUGUUUUUCAACUUUACGCUUUGUUCUCCAUUGUAGCACAGGAAGAAGCUCAUAAAGUGGAAGCUAAGCUCAGCUCGCUCGAACCAAGAUUUGUGGACAUGAGAACCUAUCUUGGUACAACUACAUUUGGGUUUUGUCGCUCCACCAGGAGAAUUCUAGGCCAGUCGACACAUCAUGGAUCUUCUUGACAAAGAGCUCAUUCAAUUUGACACAUUCUCGAAAAUCCAAUGAUUAAUCUUAGAAUCAUCGAUUUUUCAAAAAUAGUAGUUCUGUAUUACACAGUGUCUCGGACAAUCAAAGUUGGUGCUCACGUAAUGAUUUGUAUAAAUCGUGGAUUAUGUUCAUUCACAAGCAUCAUCACAGUCAUAAUUGUCGGGUUCGAGGUAGAACGAGGCGAUUAAACUCAAUAUUCCCUGUAGCCUGUGUCAGUGUCACCGAGGCUGUGCAUAUGCCUCGUACAGCAUAAUCACAGACAGCUCAUGACACCGGAAGUUAGAAACCAUGUGCGAGUAUGACAGUUGUUUGUGAAAGCAUGUUCUACGGAGCAUACGGAGGUAUUGUGAAGGUAUGUUCUACGGAGGAUACGGAGGUAUUGUGAUCCACGUGUCAUGCCUAUUGCGCGAUAUUCAGAAACCUCCGCAUCCACUCAUAAAGAAGUUCUGAAAACUGCAGAAUACAAAUAAGGUAAUUACCUACACCAAG